AUAGAUUCCCAUAUUUCAUUGCAGUUUCACCUGGGCUGCAGAUAUGUUGCCAAGGGCGCGUCUUGCUGUCGAGCGCAACACCUCGACGUUGACUCUCACACCAGUGUCACUGCCAAGGCGAUCAAAUAUUAGUAGACUGAAUCAAUGGGAAUCACCUGUUAAAAGUUCCGCAAAAUGUAGUGUACAUUGGAAAUGCAAAUGGGAUUUUUACGUCGCCAUCCUCAGUUUUGCUUUAGAUUCUGCUAGUUGGACGCGGCUGACAUCAUCAUGCAUCGAGCAUGGUGGGGCGGCAUAUUUGGUGGCUAGAGUGAUUUCCAUAAUGAUAGUUGGUGUACCUCUUCUCUUCUUUGAGAUAAGCAUAGGCCAACUGAGUGGCAUGGGCCCACUCAAAUUUUUUGGCACCACCAACUUGAGACCAGUCUUCUCUGGUGUGGGUUUUUUCCUCAUGCUCACCAGUGUUUACAAGGCUAUAGGUGACACUGCAUCUGGAAUGUGGCCAAUAUCCAAAACAAUCACCUUGAUGUUGGGUGAUGAUAUUAAAGGCUUGAACAGUACUUUAGACCUGCAAGAAAAUAUGUAUGGUUUUACUCAGUUGGAUGCCUUGACAGUUAUUAGUUUAUCAAUUACCUGGGUGUUUGCAGUCCUUGCUGUUAUUUGUGGAGUAAAAUUUAUUAGCAAGGUUGCAUACGUUACUUCAGUAGUACCUGUGAUACUUAUCACCACCCUUGUGGUUAGAGCCAUCUAUUCAGAUCCAUUACAAAUGUAUGCAGGAUUGGCAGCCAUGCUUGCUCCCUCAUGGCAUAAGUUGCUUUCAGUCCCCUUAUGGAUAACAGCCAUUGCUGAUACUGCACUUUCACUGAACUUGGGCUUUGGAGUCAUUACGUUCCUGGCAAGCUUGAACACACAUAAACUGAACUGUCUUAAGUCAAGCAUAGUUCUGGUGACUUGUCACACUGUUACUCUAGCACUCAUGUUAGUGCUGAGCUGCUCAACCGUCAUACUGUUCCCUAAUCGAUCAGAAAUGAUUCUAGAAGCUAUUUCUACUGGAGUCAGUGAACAACAUCCGCCCGGUGAAGGAUGGACAAUUAUCUUUUUCGUUGCUGUUUUUCUGUUGAAUUUGGACACUUUGAUUUUUAUCUGCAACAUGUUAGCUACUUCGUUUUCUAAUUCGAGUUGGCGACCCGUCUUAGCCGUUUUGUUUGGUGCUUUCCUCUACGUCAUUUGUUUACCUCUGGCCACGCAAAGCAGAGAAUUAUACAUAGCCACGAUUGAGACCUUCACCGGCUGUAUACUACCGUUGGCAGGUACGUUCCUCGUCCUGGUGGCCACCGUGUCCAGCAUGAGACCGAGCAGCAUGGUAGACAUGGUCGAAUUCGCCGGCCAAUGCAAGCUAGCCUUCCGAGGUCAAAGCUACGUCUUUGUCGCAUACAACGCAAUCCUACCGCUGAUGUUGCUCAUGUGCAUCGUUGACGCUGGCGUGCGGACGGCCGACAACACCAACGUAAUGGCCAUCGUGGGCCGAUUGCUGCUAUGCUUCCCUUGGGUUUCGAUCCUGCUGACUCCGUUCUACUUGGUCGGCCGUCAUUACGGCCACUUGCCCAGCACCAAGAAGUGGCGAGAAUUAUGGCAAAAGUCAGACUAUGAGGACUGGCUUUAUCGGCGUCCGCAGCUUCCUGCUGGCGCAUCCGACGACGACAGCAAUUCCAUCUACGAAUUGCCAGAACGCGUGUCCAGCAGCCGACCGAUUUCCACCUACUAUUCUAGCGCGACUAUCCUGGCCAGCGAUUCGGCUGCCGUCUACUCUGCUUACUAUUGAUCACUUUCCUUCUUAUUGUCGGGUGAUUCACUUCCUUUUU